UGCACUUUUCGGUCAACCUCAUGUAGGAUUAGGUCGACCUAAUCUGUUGUUUCAGUGUAAAAACAGUUUCAUGGUGUCUACUUUGGAGAUUCAUAUCUUACAAUUGGCUAGAUGGAAAUUGGAGAUUAAAGGCUUGUUUUGAAGCUGAAGUGCCCCUCUACACAUUAAAGUACUUGGGAGCUCAAUAGAAAGUCCAGAAGACCAUUUUUGAACCUGGCCAAAAGGCUAUGCCAAAACUGGGAAACGGCCUGAAAAUGGCCAAGUCUGGCAACGUGUUUGUCAAGCCUACUUUGGAGCUCAAUUUGAGAAGCAUAGAUGCAAGUCAAGUCCAGGGGCCUCUACCACGUUAAAUUACGUAUUUUUUUAUACAAAGGCAAGGCAUUGGAUGAAAGAUUGAAUAUCUUUAAGACUUCAAACAAAAGGCUCGAGUUGCUACGAAGGUUGUUUUUCUGGCAGCUUGCUUGUGCUCGAAGUCUGCCAGAAAAACAACCUUCGUAGCAACUUAGACCCUUUUGUUUGAUGCCUUACAGAUAUCCAAUCUUUCAUCCAAUGCCUUGAAUUCGUAUAAAAACAUACCUAAUUUAACGUGGUAGAUGCUCCUUGACUCGACUCGCAUUCAUGCUUCUCGAAUUGAGCUCCAAAAUAGGCUUCACAAACACGUUUCCAGACUUAGCCAUUUUCAGGCAAUUUCCCUGUUUUGGCAUAGUCUUUUGAUGAGGUUCAAAAAUGAUCUUCUGAACUUCCUAUCGAGCUCUCAAUCACUUCAAUAUGUAGAGGGACACUCCAGCUUCAAAACAAGUCAUUAGUCUUCAAUUUUCAUCUAGCCAAUUGUAUGAUAUGAAUAUCCAAAGUAUGCACCAUGAACUGUUUUUACACUGAAACAACAUAUUAGGUCGACCUGAUCCUAUAUGAGGUCGAGCGAAUCCUAAAUGAGGUCAACCAGAUCCUAUAUGAGGUCGACCGAAUUCUAAAUAAGGUCGACCUAAUCCUAACUGAGGUCGACCGGAAAGUGCAAAUCACGGUGACAUGCAUGUCACCGUAGGCACACCCUAAAGUAUAUGGUUAGAGUAUAGGGUACUGAUGGUUUAGGGUGUAUAUGGUUAGGGUAUAAGACAUUGAUGGUUUUGACGGUUCUACGUUUGUUAUUAACAUAUGUUCACUUGAAGUCAUUUGAAGUCUUUAACGGUAGGAGAUUCAUUUUUAAUUUAUGUUUAUGGUAACAUGGUUAGUGUACAAUGUAUGUUGUGUAGAGUAUAGGAUAUAUGGUUAGGGUAUAGCAAUUAGCAAAUAUCACUUUUUAUCUAUGUUUUGAAAAUCAAAGUAUGAAUUUCACUUUUAAAUUAACUAUACUAGCAAAAUCACAACUCAAGGACAUAUGGUUAGGGUAUAGGGUAUGUGGUUAGUGUAUAAUGUAUUGAUGGUUUAGGGUAUACAAUCAACAACAUAUACUAACUUAAUAUUGUCGAUUGAGGGUAAGGCUAAGUGUAUAGGAUAUAUGUUAUUGAGUAAGUUAUGAUUGAAGUCACAAUAAUUUUACUAAAUUUGAUAGUUAAUCUUUAAUGAUUCAAAUUUUAGGAUAAUUCGAACAAUUUUACAAUAACUCGUUUGGCAACAGUUUAGUGAAGUUAUUUGGGCAAUGAGUUAUUUCGAAAUAACUCCUUUUAUCACUCUGCUUUUGCAAAAUACCACACGCCAAAUACCAUAUUUGCAUGGUUAUACUAAACGAGAUACUUUAAUUCAAUUACUACUUAAUUAAUACUAAAAUAUAAAUAAAUAAUUAAUUGUGUCUUUUGGUUGCAAAUAUUUAUAUCACUAAUAGUGUACUUUACCAAUUAUGAUUAAUUACAUAACAAGUUUGCAAGUCAUACAAAUUUAUUUAACAUUUUCACUAGUUUUUUUUAAUUAAGUAUAUAUAUAUAUAUACGAGAUAGAAAUAAAUUAGUUGAAAAGUUUAGAAAAUAUUUUAAAUUAGUGAAAUAAAAUGUGCAAGUUGGUAAAAAGAAAUGAGUAAGUUACUCGAUGCGCUGGCCCGGACAACCCGAAACCCGAUCCGCCCGCAACCCGCCCGACCCAAAACCCGAUGAACCCCCAACCCAAUUAAACCCAAACCCGAUGAACCCGCAACUCGCCUAACCCGUAAUCCGCUUGAAACUGAACCCGGUAAACCCGAACUAGAUGAACCCGCAACUCGACUAACCCGCAACCCGUUUGAACCUGAACCUGCCCGAUUGACACCUAUUUGCAUGCUUCAUUUCUUGGAUUUUUCCCAUUAUUAAUGAUCAUUUUCACGAAGAAGGAGAAAAUUGCUCUUUGUUCUUUAAAAUGAAUGGUUUCAUUUUUGUAAUUUUCUAAUUGUUCCAAAGUCUUAGAAGUUGAAUGAAUCAUGUAACAUCUUAUUCAGGAAAAACUCGUAUUUCGAUCGCUAGAAAGUUCGCGAUUUAAAAUCGAGCGUUUUGAUAGUAUUUUGACGAAAAUCGAAUUAUCGAUCGAUCGAUCGGAUAAGUAUACAUAUAUUUUGACGAAAAUCGGAUUAUCGAUCGAUCGGAUUAAUUUUAGAAAUUCAAAAAAAUUAAUUUUUUAUUUUCUGAUAGCUGACGUGGCAAGUGAGGUGGACUUUGGCUAACGGUAAACUCGGUUGACCGUCUAAUUUGACUGUCAAACCCACCUCCGGGCCAAAUAAGAAAGUAUGCUAUAUAGUUUAGGCCAGAAUAGCAAUUUCCGAUACCACGGGCCAAGGUAGAAAGUUUGUCUAUAGUUCGAGCCAAACUAAGUAUUAACCCAAUACAUUAUUACAGUUUGACCUUGGCCCAACCAAAGGUUUCACUUCGGUUGACCGUGGGCCAAACGAAAAUUAAUUUGUGUUUUGGCCCAUGGUCAACCGAAGUCAAACCUUCGGUUGGGCCAAGGCAAAAAUGCAAAUUUCUAGCGUUGCUUCUUCUUGGCAGGUCAACAUAACGGCAGGAGGCAGAGGAGAGGCAAUUGGAGGCCGAGCAGAGAUUCUUUGUAAUUGCUGGCGUUCAUUCUUUCCUUCUCUCCUUCUUCUCUGGCCGGGCAGAUUCUUUGCGGUAAGAGACGGCGAGGUUGAGCAAGUGACAGUCAGUGACGGUAGAGGAAGGCGACAAUGCAAGAGAUCAAAGGGUCGGCAGCGGUGCUCAGAGGUCAUUGGUGGCGGCGCUAGGAGGUCUGGGAGGUAAUCGGCGGCGCUGGGAGGUUGGCGCCGGCGGAGAGGGUUUGACGGUGAAAUAUGAGAGAGAACAGGGAGGUGUUUGUUUGUAUUUGAAAGUGAAAUUCAAAUAGGAUAAUUAAGUAAAUUGCAUAUUAAAAUUACGACAACGAUUAGUAAAUUUAGGACGACAUUUAGCAUUUCAGUUUUUUUUUUCGUGGAUGACCACAUUAAGAAACUUAAAGGAUGAAAGCAUCCAGCAUUGUAGACGGCAGCUAAGAAAACUCUUAUGAAGUGGUGAUGGGAGCUCUAAUAUUGGUUCAUGUCAUCAGUUGUUUCCAGAUACCCGCUCCACUCAGGGUUGUCUCCAUUCAAAUUAAGAUCAUUUUUAUGGAACAUGACUCCAAGCUAACAAUGUACAUAGUGAUAGGGAUAAAUAUCUCUUAUAAUUAGUGUUGAUUGUUUCUCCACUAUUUGUAUUACGUUGCUGAUAUUCAGCAGUUAGUUGCACGCACUUUGACUCGCUCCUACCGUCACUUUAGAAAAUGGCCAAGUGUAACCACCUCCUAAAGCGUAGUAUAGCGUGUUUGGGUUUUAAUGUCAACCCGGGUCCUAAAUGUGAUGACUACUCCGUGAGUUCUUAUUAUAUAGUGAUGAUAGUGUAGUGAAGGUCCAAACAAGCAAACAAGCAAAGCAGUUAAAGGUUGUUUUCAAGUUGAGAGAGGUCACUCGGAUAUGGUUCCCCCUAGACUGCAGUUAAGCCGAAUUGUAAUUUACCAAGUUCAAAUUCAAAGAUAGUUAUACUGCGGGAGGUUCUUAAACAGUCUGCAGUCUCGACUAAAGGUCUCCAGACCCUCUCAAUCUGAGUCCCCAGCGGGCGACUAACCUCCACUGGAGUAAACAAAUUGAGGCCCUAACGAACCAAACCUCCACUACCGAAGUAAAUUCGGUACAGGAUAGUGAAUCGACUCCUGACUAAAGUCGUCAAUUCACUACCUUGAAUCAAGGGUGCUCUAUCAACCUAGGCAGAUAUUCUCUUUCUAGGUUAAAGCAGAGACAACAGGAAUUUGAUCAGGAUUCAUGCCAUUCAACAAAUCAAACCUCAAUUGAAUAAAAUCAUAUCACUGAAUCUGUACUUGGGUUCAUACAAUCAGACCUAACAUACAAAUCUAGGGUUCUUCAUACCCAGGUGAAAGAGAAAGUUACUCCAUAGAGAGAGAUGGGAAAUAUAGCUCAAACGCUGAAACCAUACUGUGAGUGAUGAGAUCCUGCUUCUGGCACUUAAUCAGCUCUUCUCCAAACUCAAGCCGGGCUCCAAUGGUGAUGGAGAUCGAUCAAAGGCACUUUAAGAAUCAGGUUCGUCACUAUCUCUCUCUAGGUAUACGCUUUGUCUCUCUAAAACUUGGUUCCCUCUCUUUUGGCUCGAAAUUGGGUUAAAACCCAUAAAUUCCCGACCACACAGCUAGGCCACACGGCCGUGUGGCUUUCCAGUUUCCCCGUGUGGAUGUUAAAACGCGGCGUUUCGAUUAGUGGGCUUUUAGCCAUGCUGCACGGCCAGGGGCACAAGGCCAUGUGGGUUUCCAGGCUGGUCGUGUGAGCUCCCUAGACUUUCCACACGGCCACAAGGGGUCCCCUACACGGCCAGUGUGGCUUGCCCGUGCAAAGUGGUGCCACACGGCCAAGUCACACGGCCGUGUGGGAUUUUAGGCGUGCCCAUGUGAGUUCCUCAGCUUCUCGCCAAACGUCCAAUCUUAGUCCAAUCGACCCUGAACUCGUUCCCAAGCCUUCAUUCACGUACUAGGACCUGAAAUAUCACAAACAAGAACAACCUAGUGUGAAAUCGGCCUAAAACACGAGAAUCAACAUAUCAAACGGCU